GCUGGACUGACAGCUUGGGGGAAGGAGGAGGAGAGAUCUGCCGGCGGAGGAGGGGAGAGCCGCCUAGAGGAGGGCGCAGGGGCGGGUGGAGACACAUGCGCGCUGCCUGCCGCCGCGCCGCCGCCGCCGCAGUCCUUAGCUUCCCGGGGACAGGAAACCCUCGAGACCGAACAGCCACUGCCUCCUCUUCGUCCGCCCUUCUUUCCGCGAGCCUGCCACACCCUCCUCCUCUUCUUCCAGCAUCUUUCGGUGGAGCACUGCAGGGAAUCGGUCCGAGGUGCCGACUCCCCCUCCCGGGGAAGAGCUGUGACCCCCUCCGCAGGAGCGGCGGGGCGGGGUUGGGGGGGCGGGAGAAGAUGGCGACGCUGGGAAGCGAACCCCAACCUUUCGUCUCUGCGCUCUCGGUGGCUACUCUUCACCCACAUCAUCAUCCCCACCACCACCACCACCCCUAUCAGCACCACGGAGGAGCCGGAGCCAACAGCGGGGCUGGGGGAGGCAGCAGCGGCGGCAGUGGGGGCUUCAACCUGCCCUUGAACCGGGGGCUGGAGCGCGCGCUGGAGGAAGCGGCCAACUCCGGGGGGUUGAACCUCAGCGCCAGGAAACUGAAGGAAUUUCCCAGGACUGCGACUCCCGGGCACGACCUCUCGGACACGGUGCAGGCAGAUUUAUCUAAAAACAGACUGGUUGAAGUUCCAAUGGAAUUGUGCCAUUUUGUGUCACUGGAAAUUCUUAAUCUGUAUCAUAAUUGUAUCAGAGUCAUUCCUGAGGCCAUCAUUAAUCUGCAGAUGCUGACUUACUUAAACUUGAGUCGAAAUCAGCUGUCUGCCCUGCCUGCCUGCCUGUGUGGCCUGCCUCUCAAAGUCUUAAUUGCAAGUAACAACAAGCUUGGAUCGCUGCCAGAAGAGAUAGGUCAGCUCAAACAGUUAAUGGAGUUGGACGUCAGCUGCAAUGAGAUCACAGCCUUGCCCCAGCAGAUAGGUCAAUUGAAAUCUCUACGAGAACUGAAUGUCAGAAGAAACUACCUUAAAGUUUUACCACAAGAACUAGUAGAUCUUCCCUUGGUAAAGUUUGACUUUUCCUGCAAUAAAGUGCUCGUGAUUCCCAUUUGUUUUAGAGAGAUGAAGCAGCUGCAAGUAUUACUACUUGAAAAUAACCCUUUGCAGUCUCCUCCAGCACAGAUUUGCACAAAGGGCAAAGUGCACAUAUUCAAAUAUCUGAGCAUACAAGCAUGUCAGAUUAAGACAGCCGACUCCCUUUAUCUCCACACGAUGGAGAGGCCACAAUUACAUCAGCAGGUGGAAGACAGCAAGAAGGAUUCUGACUCAGGAGUUGGAAGUGAUAAUGGAGAUAAGCGAUUAUCUGCCACAGAGCCUUCUGAUGAAGACACUGUUAGCCUCAAUGUGCCAAUGUCAAAUAUCAUGGAAGAAGAACAGAUCAUCAAGGAGGACUCUUGCCAUCACCUUAGUCCAGUAAAAGGGGAAUUUCAUCAGGAAUUUCAACCAGAGCCUUCCCUUGUGGGUGACAAUGACAACUCAGGAGAAGAAAGAGAUCAGUUUACCCAUGGAACAGAUGUUCUGCACUCAGAAUUUAUAAACUGUUUUAAGGACAGGCCAGAGGACUGCGAAGAGCUACGGAUAGAAGAGGAUGCACAUUGGCAACCUGAGGGAACAAUGAGUUCAUCCAAAGACCAGGACAUGGGUAUAGCGAUGAUUGAACAGCUGAGAGAAGCAGUGGAUUUGCUGCAAGAUCCCAACAGAUUAAGCACAGAUAUGACAGAGAGAAGUGUUGUCAACUUUUAUCCUAAGGAAUCAGCAGAAGCCUUAGAAUUACAAGAUUCUACACUCAAUGGUCAAUUACAGCUGGAGACAUCCCCAGUAUAUGAGGUGCAAAAUGAUCUAACAUUACAGAGUAACGGGAGCGAGUAUUCUCCAAAUGAGAUUAGAGAGAACACCCCUGCCGUCUCUCCUACCACCAACAGCACAGCUCCAUUUGGCCUGAAGCCCCGAUCAGACCCAGCCCUCACUCUUCCUAUCUCCUUCAACAAACUUACACAGGCACAAACAUGGGACAACUCUAGCUACAGUGUUCCAUCUGAAGGAGACAGUGACAAUGUGUUCCUCAGACCUCAGAGAAAUUUGGAAUCUAUAGACCCACAGUUUACAAUUCGGAGGAAAAUGGAACAGAUGAGAGAAGAAAAAGAACUGGUGGAACAACUCCGUGAGAGCAUCGAGAUGAGGCUCAAGGUCAGCCUGCAUGAGGACCUGGGGGCUGCGCUCAUGGAUGGGGUUGUCCUCUGCCAUCUGGUCAAUCACAUCCGCCCGCGAUCUGUCGCAAGCAUCCAUGUCCCCUCGCCAGCCGUUCCCAAGCUUAGCAUGGCCAAAUGCAGAAGAAAUGUGGAAAACUUUUUGGAAGCAUGCCGAAAAUUAGGAGUACCAGAGGAAAAGCUGUGUCUACCCCAUCACAUCCUUGAAGAGAAAGGCCUGGUCAAAGUGGGCAUUACUGUUCAAGCAUUGCUAGAUGUGACUGUAACGAAGGCUCUGUUCACAUGAAACCAACUCCUCUCCUUUGGAUCGGAUCAAACCCUUCUCCCAUCAGAGAUCCUGAACUCUGCUCUCAGCACCUGUUCCCCCACCCUCCCACUCAUUGCCUGUCAGUUCCAUGGCUCUAGUUGCAUUUAAGGGAGGACAUAAGAGGAGAUUUUCUACCUUUCAAAACUGACCUCCAACGUUAAGAUGUGACAAGUAUUUAUCUUGAAGCCAGUGAGGGAGCUGGUUACAAAGAACUGAACAGUACUUCAAUGCCUUUUACAACCUCCUGCAUCCUUUCCACGCUCACCCAUUGCCAUUACCAAAACACCAAGCACAACCGAUUUACAGCAAGAUGCAUUUGUUUUACUAAAGCCAAACUCAUUGUGUAUUUAGUGGGAAGAGGGGGACUCAAUCAGGUUUUUCACCACCAAAUUUUUCAAGAACUUUUCUUGAGACCAUUGCCUUUUAAAAAAACUAUUUUCGACAUAUAAAAUAUUUAUAUAAAUAUUAUUUAUUAGUGAGUUGUUAUUCAUCCUUUGGAUGCAAAUUGUAAAUUAGGAAACUAUUUUAUUACUGCUUUUUUGUGGUUAAACACUUUAUUUUAAUAUUAUAAAUAUUGAGUUAUUUUCUAUCCUCUUUGGUGUGCAGUAGUUCUAGGUCUCCAUAAUCAGGUUUUCUGGUGUAUAUGACUCAGAAAAAAAAAAUUAAGCAUAAAAACAGGUGCUUCCAUGAUAAGAACUGUUUUCUGGGGAGGCAUUAUUAACACUUUGGUUUAUAGAACAUUGGUCUUAUUUAUAUUUCUGCAUUCCAUCCAGUUUCCUACAUUCCAGCAGCCCUGUUGUCCCCUGAUACAAUAAACUGAAAUCAAGAGAGCACCCCAAAGUUAUUUGUAAAUAGCUGUGAUGGAAAAAACAACAACAUAUUAAACUUGAAGAUAAAAUGUGAACAAUUAUUUUUUUGGAUUCAGACUUAUUUUGCUAUACACAAAACAUUCACAUUUUAACACAAAGAAGUAAUAAGUGUUAGUUAGCAUCAUGUGUCUUGACGUGUAAUUUUGCACUGUAACUUGGGUAAUUAAAAAAGUCUAGCACCAAAGGUAGAUAAUAAGGAAGUGGUAUUGGAAAGUGGAAAUGAUAAAGUUUAUUGUUGAACCAAAAAAGGCUUUUAAGGGCAGCUCUGACUAAGAGUAGUCAAGAGUUACAGAAGGCACGUAGGACCUGGAUCAGGAAACUAGCACUUCCUACAACGACCAGUUUUAAAAGAGGAAAUGAUUUUGAGAUGUAGACAUGCUCUUUAUUGUAACUUAGUUGGUGGCUUUCAGAGUAGUCCAUAAAACACUACAAGAUUCAUGGUCUAUGGUGUGAAAAGACAGAAGUGAGUCAGUAAAUUGGUGGGGCAGCAGCAUGCAACCCCAAGCUGGGUUUAGGAGAAGGUUAAGUAAGUGGAGUUUGUGAGGCUGAGUGGCGUAGGAGGGAGGAAGUUCAAACAAAAGAUGACUAGAAGAGAGCCAGCAAAGGACCCGGGUUGGUCUGAGAGACUCACGUAAGGCUUCUCAGACACAACAGCCUAUUUGUAGGCAGUUACAUGCACGUGCCUUCACCCUGCAGUUACAGAUAUCCCAGUCAUUUUUCACAGUCUCGUGAAUGCUGACUGCAUCUUCACCUCUGGAAAAGCCAUUAUAAGUUUUUAGAGCAACAGCAGCCACAAUGUGUAAAACAAAUAUAAAGGUGAACACAAAAGAAGUCGCGCGCGGCGCAUCCAGCACAGUCUAACAUCAGCCACGGCCACGGCUGCCCUCUGCUGGAGGCAGGGUGGAGGGGUUACUGAAAAUGGCGGUUUGGAUUGGCAGCUCGCAGUUAUUUCCUAUCAAAUGUACUGUGCACUUUAACUUAAAAAUAUGUUUUAAUAUUUCCCUGUACUGCACAAAUACCUGCUUUGUCAAAUAGCAUAACGAUGUAAAGAGAACAAGAUUUUGAGCAAAGAGCGUAUUCCGAGUAAGCAACAUUCAAAAGUUGAUUAUAGAAAUAGGAAUUUUGAUUGCUGCACCUUCACGGGCAUUCAGAAUGCAGGGUCCUGACAUAUUUUUUUACAUGUAUAUAUGGCAACAUGAAGCUCUGUAAUCCUUGUUUUGAGAUUCUUUUUCAAAAUUAAAGUUUUUCUUUUGAUAUUGAUUUUCAGUAUUUUCUUGAAGUUGGCUAUAUAGUACAAAUGGCUUCGAUACUCUGUAAAAUGGCUUUUUCCUUUCUCAAUGCAGACCUUGUGUAGCUAAGACUUCUUCAGGAUCCUUGUACCCUGUUUAUAUGUGCAAUAAAAUGUGCAUGGCCAGCUCACAGCACCAUCAGGGGACAGAAUGUACGUAGUGCAAAUAGCCUGCCUUUUAUUAUUUAAUAGCCAUUAAAACUUGGAAUUUGAA